AAUCAGGGUUAAGGGAUAUUUUCGAUGAAGAGUUCGAACCAGAAUAGCCGGUUAGGCCUCUGAACCCAGAGCAGGUUGGAUCCUCAUGGAGAGCGCCGUAGUCUCUGCUCCAGUGUAUCUGCAGGUCUUCACUAUAAAUAACAAGCCAGUAGCCCUGUCCACUCUCACUCUCCAUCUCUCUCACUCACACUUUCUCUAUCUCUCACACGCGUGUGCGCGCUCAGACACGCGCAUAUGUACCACGGGUGGGAGUGGGAGCUCGUGUAGCUGCUGGAAGCCAGCAGGAUGGGAUAAUCACGCGUGCCUGGGUUUCGGGCGUUCGUUGAUGCAGCUGCCGUUGCUGUGCCUGACUCGGUUAGGGUGCUAGGGUGGGUCUAGUUCCGAAUACCGGAGCAAUCUGGACCUCAUGUCGAUGUUAUCAGGUGUACCGAGAAAGGCGAGGGCGACGGCCGUGAGAGGAGUUGCUGCAGCUCUCUGAAACGUCCAGGCGAGAAACCAUCGACCGUUUCUGCCGAUGGAGGACAGAAUUGGCCGGUAGAGCUAAAGCGCAGCGCCGGUGUGGAAUAACUUAAGGAUACGGAGGCAGCAUCUUUUAGUUUUUGGAGGAUUGGAAAAAGGGAUGCUCGUGUCGUGUCUUAUCUUCUUCAUGGGUUUCUAACGCGGGAUAGAUGCUAAAAGGCGCUUGGAGGUACGGAUCACUUUUGCAUCGGUAAUUAGGAGAAGACUGCCUCCUUGGAACCAGCGACAGCCGCAUCCGAUACAGCGUGGGGUGGGUGGGGGGACCCUUGGAUGGAGAGGGCGCAGUAAGGGCUGGCAGUGAACGGCUGGACGAGUGCAAGAGGGCGGACGGGAGAGGUGGGGAGAGACCGGGCAGCGUGAAAGCAAGCACGGGGAGCCAGGAGCGGCCGGGCGGCUCCAUGAGCUGCUGCUGCCGGGACAGAGCGCCCAGAGCCCUGCAGCCUUUUACCCACCGCCGCGGGUGAAAAAGAUCAUUAAAAAAAAUAAAACCAAAAACGCACAAACCCGUGCUACAGGACGGCUGCCAGUUUGGAAGCAAGUUUUGAUGCAUAUGAUCACAACCACCAUGAUUUUUAUGAUUCUUGGUGCUUCAGUUGUAAUGGCGAUAGCCUGUUUAAUGGACAUGAACGCACUACUGGAUCGCUUUCACAACUACAUCUUACCGCAUCUCAGAGGGGAGGACCGCGUCUGUCACUGCAACUGUGGGAGACAUCACGUCCACUAUGUAAUCCCGUACGAUGGGGACCAUUCAUUGGUGGACUCGUCAGAGAACUACUUUGUGAGUGACAGUGUGACCAAGCAGGAGAUGGACUUGAUGCUAGGGCUGCUGCUGGGUUUCUGCAUCAGUUGGCUGCUGCUGUGGCUGGACGGAGUCCUACACUGUGCCGUCAGGGCCUGGAGGGCGAGUCGCUACUACGAUACCCCGUCCUGGUCAUGGCUCCCCCAGUUCUGCAACCUACGAGACCUACGUCGCCGAGCCCAGCUCCGACAACUGGAGGACUCCAGUGGCAACAUGGUCCACAUCAAGCAGAAGCUCUACCACAAUGGCCACCCAAGUCCCCGCCACCUCUGACUCUAAAAAACUAAAAUAAAGAAAAAAAAAUCCCCUUUCACAAAAAACACAUUGUCCUUUGGCUUUUCUUAUCUUCCUAAAAAGGCCAACGAUUGCCUCAGACGUCCUGGAAACUGCCCUUCUUCUCUUCAUAUCUCGGCCCUCUGAACCUCCCCCAUGACAGGCCUUUCUCACGACAAAAACCUGGAGCACUAAAAAAUGAGAAACAAAAAGCAAAAUGGAGCAAGAUGAUGAUGAUGAGUAUUUGUUGCUACUGAAAUCUUGUCUUUUGUCCAUGUCCAGCAUUGUGGGAGAAUGACGGAGGGAAAAAAAAAAACAUUUUUAAGGGUGUUUUCUGUAUAGAGACAUUUUCUGUGUUCAUUGUUAAACUUGGCAUGCUCUUUUAGAACAGGGUAAGAUGUGGGCUGUGUAUGGAACCGGGUGGCAAGAUAGGUGUCCUGAUAUUUUUCUCUGACUGGGUGGGAGAGGGACUUUGUUGGGGUGGGGACGGGGUGACUGAGUCUCAGAGGACAGGUGGGUUUUUGUGAUAGUUAGAUCGCUGCUUCUGUACAUAGUUAUAAAUAAUGGGCAAAUGAGAUUGGACAGUGUUUGAGGGUGGAGGGGUGUGUGGGGGGAGGGGGGUUGACUAGGGCAUGAUCAAUAGGGAAACUAAUGAUGGAGUGAGUGGGCAGAGAUUAUAGACGCAAGACAGGAGGAUGAGUCUGUCUGCAAAAACUGGAUGUGAAACCAUGUGAUUUCUGCUAAAACACAGAUUAAUUAGCUUUGUUACUUAGUGAAUUACCUGAAUGUAUUUAUUUUUUCUGUAAAUAUGUGAGGAGUGAGGGGAGCGUGUACAGUUGUGGUCAGGGUUCUCUACGCUGCAUUAUCACGCUAUAGAAGACACACAAGAAAGAGAGAGAGAAAUGAACGCCAGCCAAGAUGAGUCAGUACAACAUACACACGUACACGUACACACACAGGCACACACACAGAUGCCCCGUCUUUACCCACACUGAGCUCAGCAGCACAGUUCAAUUUUCUUUGUCCAAUUCCCUCUCACUCAUCAGGAGCCAACCAGCCUAUCAGCAGAGGGAACCCUCACCCGGCCCCCCCUCGCCCUCUCUGUCCAGACAUUGCUGUUGUGAGGAUGAAAUGUCUGUUUUAUUAAAAGUGCCAUUGAAGCACAACAGUGA